AUGAGGAGGGAGAACCAGAGCAGCAUGUCCCAGUUCCUCCUCCUGGGACUCCCCAUCCCACAAGGGCAGAAGGGCCUCUUCUUCACCCUGUUCCUGGGCAUGUACCUGACCACGGUGCUGGGCAACCUGCUCAUCAUCCUGCUCAUCAGGCUGGACUCUCACCUGCACACGCCCAUGUACUUCUUCCUCAGCCACUUGUCCUUCACUGAUGUCUGCUUUUCAUCUGUCACUGUCCCUAAGAUGCUCACGAACAUGCAAACCCAGCACCUAUCUAUCCCCUAUGAAGGCUGUAUUUCACAGACAUAUUUUUUCAUACUCUUUGCUGAUCUGGACAGUUUCUUGAUCACAUCAAUGGCUUAUGACAGGUAUGUGGCCAUCUGUCACCCUCUGCAGUACACCACCAUCAUGAGCCAGAACGUUUGUGUCAUGCUGGUGGCUGGGUCCUGGGUCAUUGCUUCUGCUUGUGCUCUUUUGCAUACUCUCCUCCUAGCCCGUCUGUCCUUCUGUGCUGACCACACUGUCCCACACUUCUUCUGUGACCUUGCGGCCCUGCUCAAAUUGUCCUGCUCAGACACUUCUCUCAACCAACUGGUAAUCUUUACUGCAGGAUUAACCGCCAUUAUGCUUCCAUUCUUAUGCAUCUUGGUUUCUUAUGGACAUAUUGGGGCCACCAUCCUCCGGGUUCCCUCUUCCAAGGGCAUCCGUAAAGCUCUGUCCACGUGUGGCUCUCAUCUCUCAGUAGUGACUCUGUAUUAUGGGGCAAUUAUUGGCCUAUAUUUUCUUCCUUCAUCCAACAACAGCAAGGACAAUAACAUAAUCGCUUCAUUGAUGUACACAGUGGUGACUCCCAUGCUGAACCCCUUUAUUUAUAGCCUGAGAAAUAAAGACAUGAAAGGGGCACUGAGGAAAUUCUUGCAUAAGAAAACAUAUUAUUCCAGCUGA